AUGGAUGCCGUUUUCGCAAGCCAAUUCGACUCUCACGAGGCUAUCAAAGCCGCCUGUGAUGCUGCUGCCGAAGACGAAGGUUUCUCCUUGCGAUCAAGAAGACCACGCGGAGGUGGGAAAGCCGGCGUCAUCACGUAUCAGAUGCUGAUAUGCUCGAAGGCUGGCGAGUAUCGCGAUAAGCACGAUCCUUCCGCCCACGAAUCGAGGGCUCGGCCUAAUACGAGCACGCAAAAGACCGACUGCCACUUCAAGAUUCGCCUCCAGCCUUCCUACGGCGGCGAAAGCUGGAGGGCGUCUCCAACCCAAUCUUCCAAGCCACAUAACCACCCCAUGACGCCGGCCAUCACCCACAGCAAAUAUCGCGCCCAGCUUAUUGCGGAUAACCUCGAUCACAUCAUCCACUUGUACAACGGUGGCCUUAAGCCGGCCCUGAUAACCUGCCAGCUCCGUGGGCUCUGCCAGAACCCAGAGCAUGACCCGGAUCUCAAAUUCCUCCUUGCACAGCACAUUCGCAACGCCAUCGCCCUAUAUCGCACCCAAGAACUCGCGGGCCGCACGCCUCUGCAGUUUCUUUAUGAUCAGCUCAAAGACCCGUCUCUCGGCUUCUUCUUCCGGGAUACACGUGACCAGGAAGGCCGGCUGACCGGCCUUUUCAUCGCACCGCGCACCGGCAUCGAGCUUUGGAAGCGUUAUCCGAAUGUCCUCCUUUUGGACUGUACGUACAAGACCAACCGGUCAGGAUGCCUCUUUUGA